CUACAGCAGUCGUCUUCCAAACCGCACGCAUGGCGCAUUCACGCGCGACAGCUUUUAUUUGCGCGUGGGCGCUAUUUGCAAAUAUCACUGCAAUCCCUGCACCCCCGCGAAGAAACGAAAAGCAAGAAACUCCAAACAUGGCGCAGGAAAGGACUAUAGUGAUAAGGCGAGUUCCCAAUGCAUACAUAUAUCCCUUUAGUCUCUGGCCACUUCCCAAGAACCCUGUGUUAGCUGUCAAACUGCUGGAAGCGAAUCCAGAUGUCAAAAGGCUUUAUGAUGACCUGCUCAGCAACUACAAUCGAUUGAUCAGACCUGUGACCAAUGUGAGUGACAUACUGACGGUCAGGCUUGGCUUGAAGCUGUCGCAACUCAUGGAGGUGAAUUUGAAGAACCAGGUCAUGACAACCAACUUGUGGGUGGAACAGAAAUGGUUCGACUACAAGCUUCAAUGGAAUCCAGAUGACUAUGGAGGUGUUGAGAUGCUGUAUGUACCUUCAGAGCAUAUCUGGCUGCCUGAUAUCGUCCUUUAUAAUAACUGGGACGGUAAUUACGAAGUCACACUUAUGACAAAAGCCACUUUAAAGUAUACCGGAGAAGUGAAUUGGAAGCCUCCAGCAAUAUACAAGUCCUCGUGUGAGAUAAAUGUUGAAUAUUUUCCAUUCGAUGAGCAGACUUGCUUUAUGAAAUUCGGUUCUUGGACCUACAACGGAGCUCAGGUGGAUUUAAAACAUAUGGACCAGUUACCUGGGAGUAGUCUCGUUCAUGUUGGUAUUGAUCUUAGUGAGUUUUAUUUAUCGGUAGAGUGGGAUAUACUCGAGGUGCCCGCUACUAGAAAUGAGGAGUACUAUCCUUGCUGUCCCGAACCAUUUUCUGACAUAACUUUUAAACUAACUAUGAGAAGAAAAACUCUGUUCUAUACAGUAAACUUAAUCAUACCCUGUGUUGGGUUGACAUUUUUGACUGUGCUUGUAUUUUAUUUGCCAUCGGAUUCUGGUGAAAAGAUAUCGCUCUGCAUCUCCAUCCUGGUGUCCCUCACUGUGUUCUUCCUUGGUCUGGCCGAGAUCAUCCCGCCAACAUCCUUGGCGAUCCCUUUGCUUGGGAAAUAUCUACUAUUCACAAUGAUUCUCGUGUCGCUCAGCGUUUGGGUCACUGUAUGCAUUGUAAACGUCCAUUUCAGGUCUCCUUCGACCCACACGAUGUCUCCAUGGAUGAAGAAGCUUUUCCUUCAGCUGAUGCCUAAAUUGUUGAUGAUGAGAAGAACCAAAUACUCCCUUCCGGACUACGACGACACCUUUGUCUCUAACGGAUAUACAAAUGAGCUGGAAAUGAGUAGGGACAGUCUGACUGAUGCUUAUGGAAGCACCAAGGGAGAUGAUGGUGACUACUGCAAAUCACCAGCUCCUGAGGAUGAUAUGAUGGGAGCUGGCGUUCAUCAGAGACCUUCAGUGACGGAAUCGGAAAAUAUGCUGCCUCGUCAUUUAUCACCGGAAGUGGCGGCAGCGCUGCAAAGCGUGAGAUUCAUAGCACAGCACAUCAAAGACGCCGACAAGGAUAACGAGGUUGUGGAAGACUGGAAGUUUAUGUCUAUGGUGUUGGACCGCUUCUUUCUGUGGCUGUUCACCAUCGCCUGUUUUGUGGGCACCUUCGGAAUUAUCUUCCAAUCACCGUCACUUUACGACACCAGGGUGCCAGUGGACCAACAGAUAUCGUCAAUACCUAUGCGAAAGAACAAUUUCUUCUACCCUAAGGAUAUUGAAACUAUUGGUAUAGUUAGUUAAGUAGCUUGAUUAUUAGUUCUUCUGUUAAAAUUCAUUAAUCUAAGUCUAGUAAAUCAUAAUAUCAUUCUUUUAUGUUUUUUUUAAUUUACAAUGUUAACAUAUCACGAUAAUAUGUUUAGAAACGAGUUUAGAUUGUAAGAUAUAUUUAUUAAUGAAUAAAAUUUAAGGACCUUCAUUUCAAUAAUAUUGUCAAACUAGAAGUAAAUUAUAAAGAUAAUUGUAGUGAACGUAUUAAAAAAAAAUAUGUCAUGUUCGUUUCACUUUUAAGUG